AUGAAGCUGGUUGAAUCCAGUGACACAGUGAGUUUUCCUGAAGGUGUAACGUUCACCGUAAAAAAUCGAAUUGUGCAUGUUACUGGACCUCGUGGAACUCUUAGGCGUGACUUCCGUCAUCUUCAUAUGGAGAUGGAGCGCGUUGGCAAGAACCAACUUCGUGUUCGGAAAUGGUUUGGGGUACGUAAGGAACUCGCUGCCAUUCGUACAGUUUGCUCACAUAUUCAAAAUAUGGUGAAGGGGGUCACGAAAGGUUUCCGCUACAAGAUGCGAUCGGUAUAUGCUCACUUUCCUAUCAAUGUUACCCUUCAGGAUGCCGGAAGAACUGUAGAGAUUCGUAACUUUCUUGGUGAGAAAAUUGUUCGUCGCGUGCCGCUUCCUGAAGGAGUCACUGCCACGUUGUCCACCUCUCAAAAGGACGAGCUUAUUAUCGAAGGAAAUGACAUCCAAUUAGUAUCUCAAGCUGCUGCUCGCAUUCAACAGUCGACAUCUGUUAAAGAGAAAGAUAUUCGGAAGUUCCUUGAUGGAAUCUACGUGUCUGAGAAGACAACUAUUGCACAAGACUAA